UCAAAAACUGCAUCAGACCCAAUUCCAUCCAAGCUUGGCCGAAGUUGCAUUUUCUUUGCCUGAUGAUCCUUAGCUUUUACCCUGAGGAUUAUAUUUUAAGUUGACUUAUUUGCAACAGAAAAUUGUUAUUGAUUUUUUUAUAAUGUUGUUGCCUUGUAUCCUACUAAGCAUUCCUCUGGCAGCUGGACUCUUGUUACUGUGCGUGACGGUGUAGUGUCAUCACAUGUCGACACUAAAACCAUUAACAAAUACAACAAGCUGACUGAAUCAAGAAAAUAUAGUGUUCUCAAACUGAUUUAGAUCAAGAGCUAGAGCAUUUCUAAACAUUCUUUCUUUAGACAAAAAUCCAAGCCUGCAAAAGACAUACUAACAAAGGACAGUAUUAUAGAUUAGAUGUAAGAGCUUGACUCUAUCCAUAUGUUAGUUAUUUCAUCUCUUUUAGUUGUCUGGUAAUGACAUUAAUUUGCUCUACAUGAUGUUUGCUCAGUCCAAAAACAAUAAUAAACUAUGUCACUUUCAUAUAAAGAAUGUUCUUAUAUAAUUUUUCAUUUAGUAUUAAAGUCAUACAUACAUAAUGGAGGCCCUGCUAUGUUAGUUCCUAUUACGGGAGGAUAACAAUCUACUUAUAUGAUUUUUGUUUUGAUCGUUCUGGAGAAUAGGAGCUAAUGAGGUUCGAACUCAGGUCAAAUUAACAUAGUCGUAUGUGUAGGCCAUUUACACCAGAGUGUCUUACAGAGAAAGCCUUAGGAGUAGUAGCAGUAGUUAUUAGCUAGUGAGAAAUGGGAGAAGCAAAUGAAGUAACGGAGUCACUUCUUGGUCAUCAUGAUUACUCUCACCAAUUAGCCUACAAGAAUUCUCUAGUCUUACGUUUAUACGCUGGCCAUUUUCUUGCAAGAUGGUGUGCAAGGAUGUGGGAAUUCUCGGUUGGUUUAUACAUGAUGAGCGUUUGGCCGGAUUCUUUAAUACUUACUGCUGUAUAUGGUGUUGUGGAAGCUGCAUCUAUUGCAUUAUUUGGUCCCAUCGUUGGGCAAUUGGUGGAUAAGCUUACAUAUGUGCAGGUUCUACGCUGGUGGAUGUUAACUCAAAGUGUAUCCUUUAUUGUGGCUGGAGUCACAGUGACUUGGUUAUUGGUCCACUCUAGCAUGAUACAUACAGGUUUUGCAGUGUGUUUUUCACUUAUUGUCUUGACAAAUGUCUCCGGGGCAAUCGGUGUUCUUGCCACUCUUGCUGGAACUAUCUUGGUUGAGAAAGAAUGGGUGAUAGUGAUUGCGAAAGGAGAACCUCCCAAAGUACUGUCAAACAUGAAUUCAGUUAUUAGACGAAUCGAUUUAAGCUGCAAACUGUUCGCGCCUGUUGCUUCUGGUUUCAUUAUCAGUUUUAUAUCGGUUGAGGCAUCUGCUGUGGCUUUAGCACUAUGGAAUGUUACAUCUGUUUGGUUACAGUACUGGCUUCUAAAGUCUGUUUAUGAUGGAAUUCCAGCUCUAAGCGAAAGCGAUGAAAAGAGAAAUGCAAGAUUUGAACAGAAGGACCAAAUAGAAAGAAUUCCAUCUAUGGCAACUGACACCAAGGUCUUGGUUUCUCACUUAGGAAGUACUUCGCCAUUUAAAGUAUACAGUUGGAGACAGAAAGUAGAGCAUCUAUCAAGAGUAGCUUUCCUUGAUGCUUGGAUUGUGUACUUGCAACAAGAUGUUCUAUUACCAGGACUAGCUGUAUGUUUACUUUAUUGGAAUAUCCUCAGCUUUGGUCCGUUAAUGACAGCUACUUUGGUGUGGAAGGGAAUACCUGCUUAUAUUGUUGGCAUACUGCGCGGAAUCAGCGCUAUAGUUGGGAUUGGUGCAACUCUUUUGUACCCAUUCUUACACUCACGUAUUUCCACUCUGCGCACAGGAUUAUGGGCUAUCUGGAUUCAGUGGAGCUUUCUGCUACUAUGCCUUGUUUCUGUAUGGAUUCAAGAUAGCAAUAUCUCAGCGUGGAUGCUAAUGGCUGGAGGUGCCGCAUCACAAAUCGGGUUAUAUAUGUUUGAUUUGUCCGUCACGCAACAAGUGCAGGAUGAAGUUCCUGAAUCGGAUCGUUGCAUCGUUGGAGGAGUACAGAACUCACUGCAGUCUUCAGUGAAUCUCAUGUCAUAUGUUAUGGGUAUAAUCAUCUCAAACCCACAGGAUUUUGGGAAGUUGACGAUCUUAUCGGUUUUGGCUGCGACGCUAGCUGCAUUACUUUACAGCUUCCAUACUUAUCGUGUCAGGAAACACCUCUUAUCUUGACAUCGCAAAAAUAUUCCAUUUAUUGGUCUAAGAGAUAUCCGACUCCAUUACGAUUUUUUGAUCUCUUUGGUUGGAGCAUUUUCAGCUUCUUUCAAGACACGCACUCAGUCUUAUUGGGAAACAAGUCCUUAAUCCUCCUCCACACACGGCAAAGAUAGAAUUCGGGCAGUUAACUAUGUAUUUCCAA